AUGAGGAGCCCAAACAGCCCCGCUGCACUCUCCAGGUCCAGCGAGGAGAGCACAGACUAUGAGCUUCCAGCUCCUGCUCUUGUCUCAAGAACAAACUCCACUGCAAAUCUCAAUGCAAGGAGAGGAGGCUAUAUGGAUUCGGGGGGCUACACAGCCUCCGGGGAGGUCCCCCAAGCGCCGCCGGUCCAGGUGGCAGGGGAGCGCCAGCUGCGGGCUGAGGUGGACGGCCUGAUCAGGCACCUGAACGCUGACGUGGAAUGGACUCGGCGAAUCGAGGCGCUGCUCCGGCUGGAGGGACUUGUGCGCGGCGGAGCUGCAUCGGUGCCGGGGUUUCUGGAGCUGCUGAAAACUUUGCAGGACCCCAUCGUUGUGCAGCUUCUGGACAGGAGGUCGGCGGUGUCUCGGCAGGCGUGCCAUCUUGUGUCUGUGCUGGCUGAGAACAUGGGCACCCGGCUGGAGCCUCUGGCGAUGGCCUUUCUGCCUGCGCUGUUCAAGGUCGUCGUUAUCACUGUCCAGAUAAUGGCGGAGUCAGCGGACGCGUGCGUGCGGGCGCUGCUGCGGCACUGCCAGUCCCCCCGGCUGCUGCCGCGGCUGUGCUCCACGCUGUGCAAGGACCGCAGCGCCAAGCUGCGCCAGAGCGCGGCCGAGUACCUCAUCCAGGACUGCUUAGUGAGCUUCCAGAGCGCGGCUGAGUACCUCAUCCAGGUGCUUGAGGAGUGGGAUAGUGCCGCGCUCGACAAGGCGGCGGGCGCAAUCGAGGAGGCGGUGCUAGCGGCUGCGCAGGACGCCGUCGCAGACACGCGCACGGCCGGCCGCGCCGCGUUUGCCGCCUACUGCCGCGCCCGGCCGGAGCGGCUGCACCCGCUGCUGGCGCGGCAGGGCCCCGGCCUGCAGCAGAAGCUGCGCGACGCCCUCGUCGCCUACGUGCCGGGAAGCUCAGGAGCCCCCGGGACGGUUGCGGCUGCGGCCGGCCCCGGCGCCGCCGCGGCACCUGCCGCGAAGCUUCCGGCGCGGCGGCACUCGGCGUUGCCGGUGCCGCCGUCUGGCGCAUUGCGGCGCGCAUCUGUGAAACCGAGCGCGGCGGGCGCGCGCUUCAGCAUAGCUGGCCCGGCGCUGGCCGCUGCAGCGGCCGAGGCUGCCGAGGCCGCUGCGGCCGAGAGAUCGGCUGCGCCACUUCUCCGGCGGCCGCCGGCCAACUCGCGCAAGUCUGUCGGCGGGGCUGCCCUCCGUGUCACGCUGCCAGUGCGUGCACAUGACGGGGACAUGACAGCGCGAAACGACUACGCCCCCUCGCGCAUCCCGGCCGCCUCCUCCGCGCAGGAUUCCUAUGACCGCGCGUCUGAGUACGGCGGCAGUUCUCACGGCCUCUCGAGCCUCUCUAGCGUCUCGGAGGCCUGGGGCGGUGAGCAGCAGCAUUCUGUGCCGCUGAGUCAGCUGCUGCAGGCCUUCAGUGGAGCAGGAAGCGACUGGAAGGCAAAAUCAGAUGCCUUUGCUGCACUGGAGGAGGCAAUGCAGCGGGCGGACAUAGCGCACAGCAUAGUGAAUCACCUGGACCGCUUUGUCACCGUCUUCCUGGAGAGCAUCAGCGAGGCGCACGUGAGAGUGGCGGUGUCUUGCUUGAGGUGUCUGCACGCAGCGCUGGGCGCGUGUGGCGCGCUGCUGGAGCGCCACCUGGACCGCCUGGUCCCCCCGCUCCUCGUGCGCGCCGCGGACGGCAAAGAAGCAAUCCGGCGGGCCGCCGCCGACGCGCUCUCCGUUUUGCCAGGCGUGGUGAGCGCGGAUGUGUUUUUGUCGACGCUGUCUGCGGCCGUGGGCGGAGCGCGCAGCACCAAAGCCCAGAUCGCGGCCAUCGAAACUUUCACGGCAGUUGCUCCGUUGCUGCAAGACAUCGGGCCUCAUGCUCUGAGGGCGUGGGCGUCAUGCAUGGCAGCGGCGGCGCAGGACAAGCACAAGGAGGUACGCCGCGCGGCAGAGGUCGCCCUGUCAGCUAUCCACCGCCACCUGGACGCUGGCACCGUCACCGACGUGCUCUCCUCCGAGCCGGCCGACGCACAGGCCGGCCUCCUGCGCAACCUGCGGGCAAGUCUCUGA